GUUAUUGAACUGACUGCGAAAAGCUAUUUCCACGAGAUCACACGUCUAUGGUGUUUUUCAAAAACUUCAUAAAAUAUUUCUUAAUUUGACUAAAUUUGACAUUAUAACAUACAUUCUUAUUAGUUGUUGAAAUAAACUUUCAUACUGAUAUUUAAAAAUCAUGCAUGCAUAAAUAUAGAACAACAUUGAUGCACUUAUACUAAUAGAUUUGUAAUCUUCAUAAUUAUAAUCACGGACUUAACGUGAUAGAAUUCAUACAAUAAUAGUAAAUUUUCAACAAUUCACACAGUCAUUCACAGUAUGUACCGACAUCCUACAAUUUAUUACUUUUCUCAUUAACUCUGCAACUUUAAAAAAAUUAAACUGAGCUCUAUGGUUCAGAAAUUAAGACUGCUUUGCUCUUGGACAGAUUUCAAUUUUGGCGCCAUCAAUAAUCGGCGUCACCAAUUAUUUUCUUUCUAUAGCAAACUACAUAUAAUUUAAAAUGGAUAACAUUAAGUUGCCUAUAGAAAAUGCUCAAGAACCUAUAGAAGAAGCAAGUCUACCAUUGAAUAUGAAAACGACGUGUCUGCCUGCAAAAAGCAUUACUGGAUCACAAAGAAGCGUGGCAUACAAAGACGUCUUGAGUCAGCCUGCGCCAGGGUUGACACAGAGACAAAGGUUACAAUGGCUCCAAAACCGUCGUAAUCCUGGACUGUAUGUGCAGUGCGACUCUUGCGAACGCUGGAGAUACCUGCCAUACGUCGUCGAUAGCCAUGAACUACCACACAAAUGGUACUGCAAGAUGAACCCAGACUCAUCGCAGGCAAGUUGCUCAGCGCCGGAGCAGCCGAUUCGUCCCAGCGACGAGGAGGAGCUCAUUCACAGCGAAUACUCUGCUGGGUCUGUGGUGUGGGCGCGGCUGCCCGGCUGGCCGUGGUGGCCGGCUAUGGUCGACGACUGCCCCGACAACGAACAGUUUUACUGGCUCGACGGCUUCUCUGAUAUACCUACCCACUACAAUGUUGUAUUCUUUGAUGCAUUUGAAGUUACCCGUGCAUGGAUUGCACCUGAUCAAAUGAAGCCUUACAGUACUAAUAAAAAUAGUUUUAAACGACCAAAAGACAAGAGAUUUAAAUCCCGAUUAGAAGUAGCUCUCAAACAGGCUAAAGAUGCCGACCUAUUGCCGUUACCAGACCGUCUUGCUAAAUAUAGUUUUAUAGCAAGAUAUAAAGGGACAAUCAAUAAGCCCAAUAAAAUAAAUAAAAAAGUUCUUGAAAAGUUUAAGAAACAGUUGAAAAGAAAGCUCAAUAUUGAUUUUUCUGAUGACGAAAGUUCCGAUGAAGAUUUUAUCGAACCUAAAGAAACCUCUAAGAAGAAAUCAAACAUGAAUGGUAAUGCUGUAAUUUUAGGAACCCCAAAAAGAGAUAGGCGUAAUAAUAUAAUUCCCAAAGUGUUAAAUGAAGCUUAUAAUAAGGAACAAGCUAGCGUGAUUGAUAAGGACAAUACAGAUGCAUCAGUAAAAGUCGUCGAAGUUGCAAAUGAAAAAAUAGCAGAGCAAAAUAAAAAUAAUGAUUUGGAACCCGAUUCAAUGACUGUUCAAAUAGGUAGCUCGACAGUAGUGCAGGAUUCCACCACCGCCUCAACUAUACUUGCUAAUGAGCCCAAAGAAACCCAUGAUUCUGAGAAAACUGAACAAUACGAAGUUCGUAUCCCAUCAAGUCCAAUCAGCAAUGAUUUUGAUUUUUAAGAAGUGAAAUCCAUACGAAAAUGUACGGUAAAUUUUGAAUUGAUAUAAGGUUCGUUUAAAUAUAAGGAAGAUGUUAUUUUUUAUAUAUGCACGUGUCCACAGAUUAGACGAAUGUUUGUUUACUGAUAUUUUACUAUUAUAUUACAUUACA